UGAAGACUUAGCCUUAAUGGGUGCCUAAAACAGUGAGGGGCUGAGUGUCCACAGAGCCUGAUUUCCAGGUGCAUGGUGACUAUUUGGUGCCUCAAGUGAUCAGGCUCACUUAGAUGCCUCAAUGUGGACUUUGUAAUUUCCUCAGGGGGCUGAUGGUGGGCACAGUUCCUCUUGAGAGGUUACAUCUUCCAGUCUGAGUGCCGGCUGGGUCCCCCACUUGUUCACUUGAGGUACUGCAGCCACAUAGAAGACCCAUCUUCUGCCUCCAUGCAGUGGAUGUUGUUCCCCAGAGCAUGCUUUGUAGGCUUGCCUUUUCAGGCACAUUGUUCUGCCUUUCCUUCCUCCAGUCUGGUAAUGUUUCAGGGAGUUUAAGUGGGCAUGUUGCUCAGAUGAAAGUUGUUACUGCUUCCAUUCCAACUCAUGGUCAAGGUAUCUGCAGCCCUUCCUCCUACUUUGCAGCAAAGCUGGUAAUGGUGUGUGAGGAGAUCUGGGGCUGGUCAUAUCGGAAAACCUGAUGUUAGAUUGGCUGGAUAUUCAUCUCCUGCCCCUUCUCAGUGUUGUGGCGAAGCAUGGCUGCAACACAGCUAGGGUAGAAGGGGAAAUAACUGAGGUGUAGGACCUUCUGACAAGAUCUGUGAUGGGAUCCUUCCUCCCCAAAUGCUCUUGGGAAAAGGCAAGCAUCUUAAUAAACAGUGUCUUUCCUGCUCUGAUUCUUGGGGGGUGGGAAGAGGGUUUGCUCCCUCUUCUGAUGGCCCUUUUCAGGGACAGCCAGAGACAGGGCUGUCACCGUAGGGACAGGCAGCAAACACAACAAGAGUGAGUAAUCUCUGCAGCAGCAAUAGCCAGGCUAAGCACAAAAGACUGCUGCUUAGGACACAAGGUACUAUGGGGAAUUCAGCUGAGCUGCCAAUGUGUCUUACUCAAGUCAUUGUUCAGGUACAGGAUUUGCAGACUGACUGGGGCUUUCCCUUAUCUUGGUGCUUGUCCACACUAGGUAGAGGUGCUGUUAGCUAUCCCAUUUUAACAUGUUAAAAUCCUGGUGUAGACGGGAUAAGUUGCAGUUUUAACAUGUUAGCUGGCCAGGGUCAGCUGUGGUGUUAAUUGUCUUGUUGCAGGCUUCAAAGGGAAGCCACUUCCACUCCUGCUCCACUGCAGCUUGUAUCUGGGGCAUAGCAACAGCCCACUUAAUUUGCUGGCAGGCAGAGCUAGCGAUCUUGGGGUUUUGUUACACCCAACAUUAUAGUAUCUGAACACCUGCCAUUUAAUAGCAGUACUGAAGUCCCUUAAGGGCUUCAUGGAGUCUGGCACUUCUCUCUUUUUGAAGCCAAAACUCUGCUUGGGUAGAGGUUGUGUUUUGGCUGGGUUUUAAGGGUUGAAAGGGCUCUGUGCUGAGUCUUUGUGGAAAGAGCUGAAAUUGGUAGACUUGGUGCCUGAUGUGCCUACCUUCCAGGAGAUAAUGUUUUCCUCCUGGCCUUACUUUUGCAUUUUUGGCUGCACUUCUCCUCCCACCUUCUUACAUAUGCACACCCUAUCUGUGGCUCCAUAAAGUUGUGGGACCUCCUCAUCAGUCUCCUCCUAGUGAUGCCCAAAGUGGCAAUAUAUAACACCAGAGAGGAGAUGUUGGCUGAGUGGGUUCUCUGUGACUGUGGAGCCUAUUUCCAGUCCCCUCUCUGCUCACAUAUCCAGGCAGAGUUCCUCUGGGCAGUGUCUGCUGGCUCCCUUGACACCUUUGAGGAUCAGUGGGUAUUGUCUGGGGUUCUCUGCUUGGUGUCCCCUUCAGGUUCCCUACUUUUGACCCUUAGCCUGUCCUUGUUUGUUCUGUUGUCCCCCAUAAUCACUUGAGUCCCCGGGCCCAGUGGAUCCUCCCCAUAGGCUGGGGGAGUGUCCUUUAGUUCCUUCCUGGAACCCAGCAAGAGCAGCUAAUGUUUGUAGCCUGUUCAGGAAACACUUGGCCUGGAGUGUGCCUUUCAGGCUGGUAGGGAAUGGUGGAUAAGUGUGACCUAAUAGAUUUAAGGUAGGGUCCUGUUACUACAGCCUGCUUGCUUUUAGGGCCCUGUUCCACACGGCAGCGUGUCCAGAGCCCAUAUCUCUCCCCAAGGAAAAAUAAUUGAUCUGGAUGAAGAACUUGUGUUCUCUAUUUUCUGCACCAUGGAAUUUUAUUCAGCUCUUCUAAUUCUCCAGAGCCACAGGAACUUUAGAAAAGAGAUUCCCAUACACACCGUAUAGCAGUAACUCGCUGGUUCCAAACAUAUCUUAGUUUAGUUUAUUUAAUUUUGUAACAUUAUUUAUUAUUUCAUACCUCAUAUUUUGUUUACGUAUCAAAGUUGCAAAUUCCUGUUGAUUUGAAACCACUAAAAUUAAUAACAUGGAAUCCACAAUUGAAUCAACAACGUCUCUGGAUCUGCUAACCAGUACAAUAGGAAGUAGGGCAUCUGGUCCCAUGGUAGCUUUCCUCUGGAUGCUGAUAUUGGGCUUCAUCAUUGCCUUUGUCUUGGCGUUUUCUGUGGGUGCCAAUGAUGUGGCAAACUCGUUCGGAACCGCAGUGGGGUCGGGUGUGGUGACUCUGCGGCAAGCAUGUAUCCUGGCAUCUGUCUUUGAAACCGUGGGCUCUGUUCUGCUGGGUGCUAAAGUGAGUGAGACCAUCCGGAAGGGGUUGAUUGACGUGGAGAUGUACAACUCUACACAAGAGCUACUCAUGGCUGGCUCAAUCAGCGCUAUGUUUGGGUCAGCUGUGUGGCAGCUAGCAGCUUCAUUCUUGAGACUUCCCAUUUCUGGUACCCAUUGUAUUGUUGGAGCAACAAUUGGCUUUUCGCUGGUGGCCAAAGGACAGAAAGGCGUCCAGUGGUCAGAGCUGCUUAAAAUUGUGUUGUCCUGGUUCAUCUCUCCCCUGCUUUCUGGCAUCAUGUCUGCUAUCCUGUUCUUCCUCGUCCGUAUGUUCAUUCUUCGUAAGGCAGAUCCAGUUCCCAAUGGGUUGCGAGCUUUGCCAGUCUUCUAUGCCUGUACAGUUGGGAUCAACCUCUUUUCCAUCAUGUACAGUGGUGCACCUUUGCUUGGCUUUGACAAACUUCCUAUUUGGGGUAUCCUUCUAACUUCAGCGGGGAGUGCUGUUGUCUGUGCUCUCGUCGUCUGGUUCUUUGUGUGUCCAAGAAUGAAGAAGAAAAUAGAACGAGAGAUAAAGUCAAGUCCUUCUGAGAGCCCCUUGAUGGAGAAAAAGAACAGCCAGAAGGAAGAUCAAGAUGAGUCUAAACUGCCACUGGGCAAUGGUGUGGGUGACAAGAGCCCUAUCACUGAUGCAUCUGCCAUGCACCACAGGGCAGCUGUGGAGGAGAGAACAGUCUCCUUCAAUCUGGGAGAUGUGGAGGAAGCUCCAGAGCAGGAGAGGCUCCCUAGUGUUGACCUGAAGGAAACAAACAUUGAUAGUGGAGCUGUGCAGUUACCCAGUGGCAACCUUGUUCAGUUCAACCAAGCUGUCAGCAAUCAGAUCAGUUACAGUGGCCACUACCAGUACCACACUGUGCACAAGGAUUCAGGCCUGUACAAAGAGCUGCUGCACAAGCUUCACCUGGCCAAAGUGGGUGAUUGCAUGGGGGACUCUGGUGACAAGCCCCUGAGACGCAACAACAGCUACACCUCAUACACUAUGGCCAUUUGUGGCAUGCCGCUGGAUUCAUUCCGUCCCAAAGAGGGCGAGCCCAAGGGGGAGGAGAUGGAGAAGCUGACCUGGCCUGGAGCAGACACUAAGAAGAGGAUCCGUAUGGACAGCUACACUAGCUACUGCAAUGCUGUGGCAGAUACCCACCCGGCGGCUGAUGUGGAUAUGGAUGUAGGCAAGGUGGAGAUGGGCAGUGGUGACAGGAAGUGCAGCACUGGCUCUCUGGAGGAGUGGCAUGAUCAGGAUAGACCAGAAGUGUCCCUGCUCUUCCAGUUCCUGCAGAUUCUCACCGCCUGCUUUGGUUCCUUUGCUCAUGGUGGCAAUGAUGUCAGCAAUGCCAUUGGCCCUCUGGUGGCUCUGUACCUAGUCUAUCAGACAGGUGAUGUGGCUUCCAAAGUGGCAACUCCCAUCUGGCUGCUGCUGUAUGGAGGUGCUGGGAUCUGCAUUGGCCUGUGGGUCUGGGGGAGAAGAGUCAUUCAGACCAUGGGGAAGGAUCUGACGCCCAUCACACCAUCUAGUGGCUUCAGCAUUGAACUGGCAUCUGCACUGACUGUGGUGAUUGCAUCAAAUGUUGGUCUUCCCAUCAGUACAACGCACUGCAAAGUGGGCUCCGUGGUCUCAGUGGGCUGGCUCCGUUCCAGGAAGGCUGUGGACUGGCGUCUCUUCCGUAACAUCUUCCUGGCAUGGUUUGUCACUGUCCCGAUUUCUGGCCUCAUCAGUGCAGCUAUCAUGGCACUGUUCAAGUAUGCCAUCCUGGGAGUGUGAGACCAGCUUGGGUGAAAUCCAUAUCAUCUUGCUGCUCUGAGCAACUGGAACAGUGCUAGGGUGACUUGCCUGGGGAGGAGAUGGGAAUAUUGCAUUUAUGCUGUAACUGCUUUCAUGCUGAAUGACUCAUCUCUAAAUUAGCUGCAGAAUAACCAGUGCCCCUGACUGAUCUCAUUAAGGUCCAUUUCCUGUUUGGGCUGUAAAUUACUGUACAUAUUUCUGUAUUUUCUUUUGUAUCAAGCUUACCUUCCAUUAUGUUUGUCACUGAAGUAGCAUCCUUUUUUAAAUUUGUUUUUCCUUGGCACUAAAUCUUAGAACUGGCAGGCACAGUAAAGUCUGGUGUGACUAGCUGGGAGGGGUGACCGUUCCACUGCCGUGUUUGCUCUAGGGUAGCAGUAAUGGGCACUAUACCCAGAGGCCCCACUUAUUUUUUUUAAUAAACUUUUAAACUAAACAUACCUAUUGGCUAACUCCUUGUGGAGCAAUACCUAUUGCACACCAUUUCCCCCCACACACCCACCCUUCUGCAUGGUACCUGUGGGAUAUGUUACCUGUGGGACAUGUUACCACUGCCCCAGAGCUGUGAAAGAUGGCAGUGGUUCUUGCUAGAAGAAGGUUGUAGUAUGUCCAGCUUUGCCUCCAUUUCAGUACUUACAGGUGGAAACGAGAGAAACCUGCAGUACCAUGAUGCUCUGGUCUUGCGUGGUCUUUUCAUUUUGUGCAAAUGCACCUGAGCUCUAGGGGUUUUUUUUUUGUUUUGAAUCUAGGAUGUGCUAAAAUCUUAACCCAGUUGAUUUAAAUGUUGAGAUCAUUCACUGCUCCCUCCCCCUACUGGCCAAGAACCUAGCUGUCUCCAGUGACCCUGACACUACAAGACUCUGCUCCCCAUUGCUACCUCUAACUGAAUAAAAGCUUCAUUUUUUUAA